AUGGCGCGAAUCAGUACUCUUUUCGGCCUUUGGUCUCUUAUUUCCGUUUCUCUAGCCCAGAAUUGCUGGAGGGACACUACCUGUUCCGGCCCGAAAGACACUGCAUUUAGCGGGCCAUGGGAAGACAACAUCUAUGCACCGUCCUCUCGAACGGUACAUCCCAAGACAACUUUAUCUGAUCUCAAGAACAAUGCAGACACAAACCCAUCCCAGCCAGAGACUGCAACUCUGCACGGCAAUGGGUCUCUGGUGGUAUUCGACUUUGGAAAGGAAGUUGGUGGCAUCCUUCACCUCAAGUACAGUGCCACCGGCAGCGGGGCUGUGGGCAUUGCCUUCACCGAGGCUAAGAACUGGAUCGGAGAGUGGUCCGACUCUUCCAACGCUCUUUAUCACGAUGGUGCCAUAUAUGCGAACUUCUCGUCCGCCGGACAAGAAAACUAUGUCAUGCCCGACCCGAAGCUGCGCGGCGGGUUCCGCUACUUGACUCUCUUCCUGGAAACGAGUGAUUCUGCCAGUGUGAAAAUUGAAGAUAUCAGCGUCGAGUUGGAUUUCCAGCCUACCUGGUCCAAUCUUCGCGCGUAUCAGGGAUACUUCCACUCCAGCGACGAAUUGCUGAACCGGAUCUGGUACUCUGGUGCAUAUACACUCCAAAGCAACCAGGUGCCUGUCAAUACGGGACGUAUAACAUCGGGAGUUACGGCAGGAUGGGAAAACAAUGGUACCCUGGGACCUGGAGACACUAUCAUUGUCGAUGGUGCCAAGCGAGACCGCGCCGUGUGGCCCGGCGAUAUGGGCAUUGCGGUGCCGUCGACCUUUGUCAGUCUUGGAGACCUAGAAAGUGUGCAGAAUGCUCUCCAAGUUAUGUACAACACACAAGACAAGACCACAGGAGCCUUUCCUGAAUCGGGCCCUCCACUCAGUCAGACAGGUUCAGAUACAUACCACAUGUGGACGAUGAUCGGAACCUACAACUAUGUGCUGUUCACAAAUAAUACCGACUGGCUUCUGGAGAACUGGGACGGAUAUGUCUUGGCUAUGAACUAUAUCUACGACAAGGUGACUUAUCCCAGCGGCCUGUUGAAUGUUACCGGUCUUCGCGACUGGGCCAGAUAUGGGCAGGGAUACAACAACUCAGAGGCUCAGAUGAUCCUUUAUCAUACUCUGCGCACCGGUGCUGAUCUCGCCUCAUGGACCGGAGAGUCCACAAAUCUAUCAAGCACCUGGAACGACCGCGCCGCCAACCUAAAGGAUGCCAUCAACACCUACUGCUGGGACGAGCCAUACGGUGCAUUCAAGGACAAUGCCACUGACACCACAUUGCACCCACAAGAUGCCAACAGUAUGGCGAUUCUGUUCGGCGUCGUCGACUCAGAGCGCGCAGACAGCAUUUCCCAAAACCUGCUCAAGAAUUGGUGCCCCAUUGGAGCCGUAGCUCCCGAACUACCCGAGAACAUCGCCUCCUUUAUCUCGUCCUUCGAGAUUCAAAGCCAUUUCACCGUCCGCCGGCCUGACCGCGCACUGGAUCUAAUCCGACGCAGUUGGGGGUGGUAUAUCAAUAACCCCAACGGCACAGAGAGCACCGUGAUUGAAGGAUAUCUUCAAAACGGAACGUUCGGAUAUCGCUGGGGUGAUGGGUACGGCAAUGACUUCUCGUAUGUGUCCCACUCGCACGGCUGGUCGUCUGGUCCGACCUCUGCGUUGACGAAUUAUAUCGUCGGUCUCUCUGUUACUUCUCCCGUAGGAGAGACGUGGAGUCUUGCUCCGCAAUUUGGAGAUUUGGAGUUCGCGGAGGCUGGAUUUGUUACGGAGCUGGGCAAGUACCAGGCUUCUUGGACGAAGAAGUCCAAUGAGUAUACCUUGCAGUUCUCGGUUCCGGAGGGUACCUCGGGAACUCUUGUUCUGCCGUAUGUGAAGGAGGGCCGAAGACCUAAGAUUACUAUUGAUGGAAGACGAGUUACUAAGGGCGUUGCGUAUGCCCAGGACACGGCGACCAUUAGGCUUAAUGGCGGUUCUUACAAGGUGGUUGUCCAGUGA